AUGGGAAGAGGAAUCAAUAUAACCAUAUUUAUUUUCUUGGGUCUGUCUCAGAAUAGAGAGGUAGAAGAAGUAUGCUUUCUGUUCUUUUCCCUGCUCUAUACACUCACUCUUCUGGGAAACCUCCUAAUCAUAUUGACAGUUUAUUUGGGAAACCUUUAUAAGUCUCCUAUGUAUUUCUUUCUCAGCUUUUUGUCAAUAGUGGACAUUUGUCUCUCUUCUGCAACAGCUCCUAAGUUGAUUGUAGACCUGGUAGCUGAGACCAAGACCAUUUCCUAUCCAGAGUGCAUGGCACAGCUUUUUGCUGUACAUUUCUUUGGUUGCACUGAGGUCUUCCUCCUGAUUGUCAUGGCCUAUGAUCGUUAUGUGGCCAUCUGUAAGCCUCUGCACUACAUGACCAUCAUGUACCAGGAGAGAUGCUGUAAACUGAUCCUGGGAACCUGGAUAGGGGGGUUUAUACACACAUUGAUACAAUUGAGUCUGGUCAUACAAUUGCAUUUCUGUGGAACUAAUGAGAUUGAUCACUACUUUUGUGAUGUUCAUCCUUUAUUGAAACUUGCCUGCAAAGACACAUUUGUGGCAGGUGUUGUUGAAACUGCCAACAGUGGCACUAUUGCUCUGGGUAGCUUUGUAAUCUUGCUCAUCUCCUACACAGUCAUCCUUGUCUCCCUGAGAAAGCAGUCUGCAGAAGGUAGACGCAAAGCUCUCUCCACUUGUGGAGCCCACAUUGCUGUGGUCAUCAUCUUUUUUGGUCCCUGUACCUUCAUGUAUAUGCGUCCUGAUACCACCUUCGCAGCGGAUAAGAUGGUGGCUGUAUUUUACACCAUCGUCACACCUAUUUUAAAUCCUCUCAUUUAUACACUGAGAAAUACAGAAGUAAAAAAUGCAGUGAAGAAAAUCUUGACCAAGAAGAUAUCCUGGGAGGUUGGUGUUAAAUAA